AUGAAUCCGUAUAAAGAUGUAGAGGAAAAUUCUUUUACUUUAUCACCUCAUCUAGCUUACGAGGACAUAGCUACGAAACUGCUGAAAGAUCAUUAUUUCUUAACAGCGUUGGAACUGCAUACAGAACUUGUAGAAAGUGGUAAAGAACUACCUCAAUUACGAGAAUUCUUUUCGAAUCCCGGAAAUUUUGAACAACAUGUUUCUAGGGCAUCAGAAUUUUCUUCAAUGCAUCGCACUCCGAGUCAAGCUACUCUUGACUCCCUGGAUACAGCACGGUACUCGGAAGAUGGUGGGGGGGACCGUGGUGGUAGUGGUGGUGAUGUAGCUGUACUGGAGUUUGAGCUGCGAAAAGCCAGAGAAACAAUUCAUGCGCUGAGAGCAAACUUGACUCAAUUUGCAGAUGGUGAGUCUACUUUAGAUAAAACCACAAAAGAUGUAUCUGAUCAGCGUUCUUUAAAGCCACAUGAAAAAAGAGCUCUCAACUUCCUUAUAAAUGAAUACUUAUUACUUCAAGACUACAAACUAACUUCCAUAACAUUCUCUGAUGAAAAUCCAAACCAGGAGUUUGAAGAUUGGGAUGAUGUGGGCUUAAACAUGCCAAGACCGUCAGGACUUGUGUCUUUAUUUAGAGGAAAUACAUCUUCAUUGGGCGUUCUCAAGAUUGAUGCGUCUACUGAAAUGGAUUGGUCAUAUGCAGAUAUGGAAUGUCAGACAGAUGUUGAAGAGGGCAAUGUUUGUGUCAGUUGCCAGACGUCGUUAGAACACGAGACUGAUUGGAGUCAUGAGUUGCUAAUCCAAGCUGAAGAAAUCGAAUUAUUGAAACAAAAAGUAAUAGCUUUAGAGACUGAAAAAUUGAACUUCCAGAAACUUUAUGAUGCUGCUAUUGUCAGUUUAAAUUCUCUCACAAGUCCAACUUCUGAAAGCAAAGGUCUUGAUCUUCAUAUACCAGAGGAGAAGUUGUUAUCGGUACAAACAAGAGUGGAACACAGUAUAGACACAAAUCCUAUAACUUGUACAGCUACAGAAAAUCAUUAUGGAAGUGGCAAUUCAACACACAGUGCAACUCCAGAACAAUUUGAGAUGAUCGACAGUGAAAAAAAUAGUGCAAUAACGAGAAAAGGUUCAAAUAUAAGUUCGUUCGACACCGGUGCAUUAGAACAGAGCGUGCGAGAUUCCCCCUUACGUCGGGGCAGUGUGACAACAUUAGACGAGACUCUUAGUAUUAACGACGGCGGCGAGUGGACUCGCGUGCACUAUGAAUAUAAUACAAUAGAUACUAAUAGUAAAGAAAUGUGGAUUGAUAGUGCCAUACCGAAUAAUCUCAAAGUAUCGGUUCUGAACUGGUGUUAUGAAACACUGAACUUGAACGAACCACUAUCGAACGAUCUUCUCGCUGAACUGAUAAGUAGCGAUAAACCCAUCACUUUAACUGGAUUGUUAACACUGGUUGCGGAUACUUUGCCUAGGAUCCUGCCGCACACGCUGGUGGCGCGGCGCUGCGAGGCGGCGGCGCUGCUGGCGGCGGCGGCCGCGCUCCUGGCGCCGGGCGACUCGCGCCGCGCGAGGGCUCUGCACGCGCUGCUCACGCUCGUCAAGAAGCCUGACCGGGCCGACACGAGGGCUAUCUGUGAAGCGACUUGCUUAAUAGUGAAAUGGGGUGGCAGCGGUGAAGUGUUAUCGUCGAUAGCAGAAUUAUUAGCGUCGCGCUCGACCGAACGACGAGUGUUAGCCAGCCAAGUGUGCGUGGCCAUCGCUCCCUACGUACCUAUAGAAUUAUGCACGUCGUUACUUCUCAGCCUUGUAGUUCUCAUGUGUGAAUCGAACGAACUGGAAAUAAGAUCUCUGGGGUUAAAGUCGGCUUGUUUAAUAUGUCCGGUCGCCGAACAUAAGUAUGGACAGCUGGAAAGUCUCAUGUUCAACUUCCUCAGAGAUCCAGUUGAGAAGUGUGUUAAGGAUACUGUUAAUAUAUUCGUGCCGGUGCUAGCGAGAAAUGCCUUGAUUGCCGGCAAAUUCUCAACUGAUUUAUGCAGUAAAAUUAUGAAUAAUUUGAACAAAGCCACCGGUGAUAAUGAAUGGAAAACAGUGCUGUUAUAUUUAGAAGUGUUUCGAGUAUUAGUGUUAGCAAAACUGGCCUAUGUGAUUAAUGUACAAAUGGUUAGGGAUACUACCCUCAGCAACUGUGAUAUGCAACCGGUUAAUUUACAAGAAGUGCCGUUAGAAGAACAAGAGUAUUUCAUAGAUCUACAGUGCUAUGUCACGGAUAAUUACGAGGCGAAGAGUUUGUUGGUAGCUAUGAAUAAUUUAAUUAAAGAGAAACCUGAAGUCAGAUGGUCGGAGUUAGCCUGGUUUAUAAGCACAUUGAAACAAACAUUAGAAGUCGUCACAAAUAACAAAGUGUUGAACCACCCAGCGAUAUACGAACUUCUAAUUUCUCUAUUCGACAGUUAUGUCAAUAAUUUCGGUGUACAUUUCACGUCGUAUAUACUGAAGCCAAUAUUUACGGAUACAAUUGCGGAAUUGGAACACAAAAUGGAGAAGCUGCACACAGUGAAUGUAGAUAGCACUGUAGUGGUCGGUGUUUAUUUGGUCACUAUUUUACCAGUUCUUGAUGACAGCGCACAACAGGCAGAAUUUUUACAAAAAUGGAUAAUGUACAGCAGCCUUCGAGGAUUACCAGUGAAAAUUUUCUCAGUGCCUUUGAAGUGGGUGGCGGAGCAUAAACACGAAAAUGUCGAUUUUUACCUGCAACAUCUUAGAGAAUUUGCAGCAAGUAGUUGUGAAAGUUCAAGCGGCAGUACGAUACGGGUGUACAUCGCGAACCUCAUCACCGAACUACUCAAUGUAGCGGAAUUAAACGAGAAGUGUAUCGAGAGACAAAUGUUGCCUGCCGUCAUGGCGCUGCUGCAUGAUGAAGAUGCAUCUGUUCGUGAAGUGGCAAUAACAUCAUGGGGUAGUGUAACUCGCACCUGUCUUAUCCGCGGUUUGGACUGCGAGGCUCAGUGCUGGCCCCCCGUUGACGACCUUUUGAAUGGCUCUGCACCGAUCUCGGCUAAAGAAGCUGCUAGAACUGCGGAGGCGCUUGCGUUACUGGUGCUGCCAACGGUGGACAAUCAUGCAGUUUCUGAAAAAGCGGUUUCCCUGCUGUGCGCGCUGUGCCAGCGCGUGUCGCUGUCCCCCGAGGCGCUGGCGGCGCUCACGCCCGGCCUGCAGCUGGCCGCGCACCACUGCCGCCGCCACCCCGCGCUGCUGCCCGCGCUCAGGAAACUCGAAGAAGGCGUGCAGCACCCGGCUUUAAGUCAGUAUAAGGCGGCGAUAGAAGCCCUCAUUCACAACGUCGCAGGUACGGUACUCAGUUAUGAUGUCAUCCGAGAACCGACCCCGCGCCAAGCUACCAAUCUCCAAGCCGCCCAGGAAGUCGGUAGGAGAGUCACGCAGAUGUUCCAACAGUCCAAGUCGAAUAUGAAUCUACAAAACAUAUUUAAGAAGAAAACUUUUGAGCGUUCAUAA